AGGCUCGUGCCAUUGAGCAGAAAAAUAUUAUUUAAUGGCGAGUUAAAAUACAGAAGAAACAAUUUAAUUUAUUUACAAAGUCAGAAGACAAAAUGAAGCUAAAGGUAAAAUACACUAGCACCAAAAAAUUUGCAUUGAACUUCGAAGGCUCCACUGUCGAUGAACUGUUAGCGGCCGUUUUAGCCUUCAUAACUGAUACAUAUGGCGAUGAUUGUGGGAACAUCGCGCUCAGCCUCAAUGGCCGAGACCCUCUCCCCUUGGGUCCAAACAUGACACUUGCUGAGGCCGGGGUAGUGCCCUCCGACCUGCUCUCGGUUAUUCACAUCACUUCUGCUGCUGGUGCAACUGGUGCUGGUGGUGCUGGUGCAAGUGCUGCUGAUGCUGGUGCUGCUGGUGCUGCUGGUGCAAGUGCUGCUGGUGCAAGUGCUGGUACAAGCAAGAGCAGCUCGGGAGACGGCGGCCUCCCUGUUGCAGCUGCGGCUUGCUCUGGUGACACAUCAAAACCUCCUGAGUUUUCACCCAGCCUGCUGCUGGAUGUCAAGACGGAUGCCAGCGGCAUGGCUGUGGCGGUGCCGGAGAACUUGACUCACUUGCUGGCAACCUGCAAGCCGCAGUCAGCCAGCCAACUUAUUAACCUGUUGUCGCACAUAACCAUGACUGAGUGCGGAUUUUUGCCAUCCACUUUGGGACAAUCUAAUGCAAAACCUGGUCCAGAUCCGGAUAUGAAAAAAUCAACUGCUAUUAUCCCUCCUGUGGGGUGGGAUGCGAUGGUGGCCAGUAUGCAGUACACCCACAAAAGUUUUGUUGGCUUUGAAUGCACUCUAGUCUUGGUCACCAUGGGGGACCUUAAACAAAUACUUGUGUCUUUCCCAAAUCAAGACAUAGAAAUAAGCACCAAGGUUAGCAUUUUUGAUUUUGUGGAACAAGGAGCAACAUUCUCUGAAAAUGUUCCUAUGAAAAUAGAAGCACUCCGUAAUGUUCCGAAGCUUGCACAGAAGUUACGUAACGAUUUGCUUGUCCCCCUGCAACUUGCUGCUCACAGGAUUCUAGGACUCCCAUCUCCUUUCCAUCUUGCUGGUUUACCAUUUGAGAUUUUACUGCCCAUCCUAGGCCUGCUUGACGUAAACAGUGUAUUGCGCGUGUCACAAACAUGUCGACGUUUGUAUGAUGUUUGUUCCGAUGAUGCCCUUUGGCACCAUCUGUACAGGAGGGACCUAGGGGCACCUCCUGCAAAUCGUACUGAAAUGCAGCAAUGGAAAAAGUUGUAUAAAGAAAGAUACAUCCAGAAGAAAUCCUACAACAUUGGAUGGCAUGACCCUAUGUUGAUCGAUUAUCCUCCUCCACAUCCGAGGAUUUAUCCUACAGGUCCUCUGAAUCCUGGGUACCCUUACAACCCUGAGCCCAUCGGCCCAUACCCUGUCGUGCCGGACCCUGCACAGCCUUUUAACCCUUACAGGGACCCCGAUAGCCCCUUCUAUGGAGGAGACAUCCCCAACCAACCCCCUAAUCCCCUGAGACCUGGGGUUCCUUAUCCAACGAAUGACCCAUUUGGGCCUAUGCGCGAUCCCUUCAACCCUUUUGCUCCCGGGCAAGACCCGCUUAACCCCUUCGGGGAUCCUGGACUUGGGGGUCUGGGACCAGGCCUUCCUGGUCGACCCCGACAACCCCCCCGGAGAGGUCCGGGGUCGGGUCCUGGUUUCCGUUAUAUUUAAAUUUCAUGAAAUUUUUUAUUAAGAUGCAAGGAAGCAUUAAGAAAUAUUGUCCCAAUAUUGACACACUUUUUGCACCGGUAUGCAUUUUUGCUGGGCCAAACUGGGUCAGGAUAAGCAUUACAUGGACUAAAGCCGCAUCUCUGUUUGAACAAAGACAUACUUAUUUCUCUCAGUGCAAGCUGAAUUAUUGUCCAUAUUAUGACUUUCUCAGAAGUGAUAAAGCUUGGUGCAUCUUCUAAAUUUAGUUCGAAAAAACUUUUUGGGAUUUUUCCAUUGAUGAAUUUUCAUGAAUUAUGUUAUACAAACGUGAAGACAUCUCUAUAAAUAUUUGUUUUUCACUAAAAGUAGUGGACAAAUUGUCUUUAAGAUGUUUCAUAUUAUAAAGGAAAUAUAUUUUGGGGGGGGGGGAGAAUUCUCUUUGUGGGCGUAGCGUCUUCGUGUUUUGUUUUUCUGCUGAAUUUAUUUUGAAUAUGAAUUUGUAUUUUUCAUUUCGAAUUUAAGCCGCGUUGCGUAUGAUGAGGGCGCGCAUAUUUAGCUCACUAUCAUUACAUUAAGACAAAUAAGUGGGUCUGGGUGACCCACUUAGAUGAGUCAAUCACGUAUAGAAAAGCGAUGCACUUUUUAGACUCACUUGCUUCAUUUGUGGGUAAUACUGACUCAUCUAAAUGGGUCAUUUAGACUCACUUAUUUCUCUGAAUGCAUGACACUUGUUAUGUCUGGGUGCAGUUUAGAGUUUUAUUGUGGGGUUUUUUAAUAAAGAUAUUUAAAUAUAAGAAUGGAAUAUUAAAUAUAAUAUUGGAAUAUUUAAUGUGAUAUUGGAAUCCAUUAUCUAUUGAAAAUAUGAAAGAAACGGAGCUAAUCAUAAAUUAGAUUCAAUAUAAAAGGAAAAACUGCUAUUAUUUUUUAUUAAAUGUUGAAAUGACUAUUUAGGAAAUAUAUAUCCCAUUAUUUAGUAAUGGACAAACUGUCUAAUGGAAGGAGGGAAAGCCGUUCAUUUCUAAUGGAAGCAAGGAAGCUGUGUCUUGUAUUAAAUGUACUCUCAUCUACACAGAACAGCACAUGUAUUACUUUGUACACGGAAUGCCUUAUA